AUGAAACUCAGAGCUCUACUACGAGAUAAGGACGUGACGGAAGUGGCAGCAACGCUGGAAUUGAUUAAGCCAUGUGUCCGCGAGCUCAGCUCGUUUUUGACUACGCAUGAAACAAAGAAGAAAGGUGACGGAAAAUCAAUCCAGUGGAUGUCGGACACGGAAUAUAUUUGCGAGGUUGUGCGCUUCCGACUACCGGAGUCCGUCGUUGAAGACGCUCUAGCUGAACUGAGAGGUGGCUUGGCAAAAGGUCCAUACACACCGCUACAUGGCUUUGGCUUCGACCUGACCUACGCAGACCUUUUCUGCUUCAGAGACUCCGCUUGGCUGAACGACAACGCCUUGCGGGCGUUUACCGUGUUUCUGUCUACUUACAAGAACAACGUGACGGCGAUGGUUCCUCCUCUUAAGAAGGGUAAGAUGGGGAAGCACAUACUCGCACCAACGUCGCUGGACGAGGUUGCUAGUGGUAUUGAGGCGCAUGCUCUUGUAUUUAUGCCGGUCGAUUUUGGUGGAGUUCAUUGGGGAUGCAUCGUAGUGCACCGUGAAGCGCGGCUAGUGAAGACGUAUGACAGCAUGGGUGGGGAGAGAAACAAGAAACGGCUUAAGAAGAUGGCAAACGAGCUCCUUGCAGGCCCCCUUGAGGAUGAAGCUUACAGCGACAUCAAAGUGACGGAGCCGAAGCAGACAGAUGGCGAUAGCUGCGGGGUGUUUGCGUGCCGUCUAUUGUGGACGUGCGUUGACAGCGAAGUGCCAAGUGAUGUGUCUCCCAGUGGCGUCACCAAGCUGCGUUGGGCAAUGCUGCACACGAUCACCACGAUGAAGCGUAGCUAG